AGAGGGAGCUGAGGGAGCGGAGGGCGGCUCGACCCCGGGGGCCGCCGCCGCUGCUGCCGCCGCCGCCGCCGCCGGGGCCGCGCCUCUUCAGGCCGCGGCUCGCGGGGCCCGGGUCCUCGGGCGCGGCCAUGGCACUGCGGCGCAGCCCCGAGCCCCCCGGCGGGCCGGCGCGCUGGCUGCCCACGCACGUCCAGGUGACAGUGCUGCAGGCCCGCGGGCUGCGGGGCAAAGGCACGGGGGGCAGCAGCACGAGCGACGCGUACACCGUGAUCCAGGUGGGGCGCGAGAAGUACAGCACGUCGGUGGUGGAGAAGAGCACGGGCUGCCCCGAGUGGCGCGAGGAAUGCGUCUUCGAGCUGGCCCCCGGCGCGCUGGACGGGCUGCUGCGGGCGCAGGACGCGGCCCCCGCCGGCCCGGCCGCCGCCCCGGGCCCGACCGAGCCGGCCUGCGAGCUCGUGCUCACCGCCAUGCACCGCUCGCUCAUCGGCAUCGACAAGUUCCUGGGCCAGGCCACCGUGGCCCUGGACGAGGUUUUCCGCCAGGGCCGCGCCCAGCACACGCAGUGGCAUAAGCUGCAUUCCAAGGCCGGCAAGAAGGAGAAGGAGCGUGGGGAGAUCCAGGUAUCCAUCCAGUUCACGCGCAACAACCUGAGCGCCAGCAUGUUUGACCUGUCGGUGAAGGACAAGCCACGUUCGCCCUUCGGCAAGAUCAAGGACAAGAUGAAGGGCAAGAAGAAGUACGAUCUGGAGUCGGCCUCGGCCAUCAUCCCGAGCAGUGCCAUGGACGACCCGGACCUGCUUGGAGGCUCCAGCAAGAAGGCCAAGGCCAAGACCUUCUUCUUGCGCAACAAGCUGCGCAAGUCCUCCCUCACCCAGUCCAACACCUCUCUGGGCUCCGACAGCACCAUCUCCUCCACCAGCGGCAGUCUGGUCUGGCCUGGCUCUGAGUACCUGACCCGCUCCCCAAGCCGCCACAGCCGGCUCUCCACCGACGGAGGCCGGGAUUCCGCUCCGUCCCCCAAGCUGCUGACCCACAAACGGGCUUACAGUGAUGAAGUGAGCCAGGUGCAGGCAGGGCUGCCCCGGGCCGGCCACGACCCGGGCUCCGGUUCUUCACUCUGCAUCAAUGGGAGCCAUAUCUACAGCGACGAGCCGCCGGCCCCACCAGCCCACCGGGCCUCCAUCUCCGGCCCUUUCCCUUCAGCCAGUUCCCGGGCGGAGGAGGGCAUGGGGCCCUCGGACAUGGCGCCCUGGGGCAGCUCUGAGGCGGGGGCUGCAGCAGGUGUGGGCCCAGAGGAGGAGGGUGCCCGGCGGGCAGAGGGGAAGCCCAUCCAGGUGGCCACGCCCAUGGUGUUCUCCUCCGCAUCAGCAGAGAAAGAAGACCCGAGGAAGGAGGAGCGCAAGCCCCGCAUGGGCCUGUUCCACCAUCACCACCACGGCCUUGGCCGCAGGGGCUCCCUCGGGGAGAAGAUGGGCCCUGCCUCGGGUGCCUCCCCCCACCCCUCCUCCAGUGGGGAGGAGAAGGGCAGGAGCGGCUGGUUCGGUUCCCGAGAGGGGAAGGAGCACACCCAGAAGCCCAGUGGCUCGCUGGUAGCGGCCCCCACUGUGUCCUCCCCGUCGGAGUGGGACGACUCCUUCAACGCCUUUGCCGCCAGCAGGCUGCCCUCCGAUGCUGGGUGUGGAUUCUCAGCCCCAGCUGCAGAGUCAGGGCUGUUGGAGCCAGAGCCAGGAGCCUGGGGAGCGCCCCGGACCGGCGGUGACAAUGUGGCGAUGACAGCAGAGGCCCGAGAAGACCCCAGGGGAGGGGGCAGCAACUCGGCAUCGACCCUCGAGGCUCCCGGCCCCCCGAGUCCUGAUGGCUGGAGUGUGACUGCUGUGGGCUGGGAGUCCCCUGUCCUGCAGGGCCCCAGCCCAUCCUUGUCAGCCAGACAGCACUCCCUAGGGCAGAACACAGAAGAAGGAGAGGGCCCCUCCCGGGCUCCGGAAACAGCCCCCGAAGCUGCUUGUCCCGGUCCCUUAAGGAGAGAGAACAGUGGCCAAGAGAGGUCCUGGAGCCCAGGAGCCUCCGAAGAGCUGGAAGAAGAGACUGCGGCCCGGGAGAGCCAGCUUUCCCAAGAGUUGAAUGUAAUUACCGAUCUAUGGUCGUCAGAGAUGAUAAACAUCCCUCCCGUGUCUAAGAGCCCCCCUCCCAUCUCAAAGAGAAACUGGGAGCAAGAAGAGAACCUUUGGGGGCUUCUGGAUGAGCCACCCUCACUCUGGGGGCCUGACUCCCCCUCUCCAGGAGACCCAGCCAGAGAAGUCUUUUCACCCCCCCUUGAACAAGGGGAGGGGUCCCCUGCGUCCCAGCAGGAGUCAUCUGAGGAGCUGAGGCCUGGGCCGCCCCCACCCAAGCCACCGCGCCUUUUCACACCCUCGAAUUCCCAGAAUGAAGAGAGAGAUGUGAAUCCCAGGGGGCCUAGCAGAGAAGGGAUGGAGCUGCGUUUCGAAGACAUCUUCCCAAGCCUCCGGGCGCUCAGCCACCGGGAUGAGAUGGAGGGGGCUGACCUGGCUCCACAAGAGCUGGACACCCUCCGCUCUGGCAGCCGCUGGGAGCCGCUGCCUGAGCCGCUGCCCCUGCUUCCUGAGCCCGGCCCUCCACCAGCUGUCCCGGAGCUCCCUUCCCCAUCGCUGGCCUCCAAGCACACUGCUGACCGGGGGCAGCCUCUCUGGGCAGCUGAGGAACCAGAGUCAGGGCAUCUCCCAGAUACACCUGAGCCCCCGGGCUUCCUGGCCGCCGCUGACCUGGGGCAGCCUCUCUGGGCAGCUGAGGAACCAGAGUCGGGGCAUCUCCCAGAUACACCUGAGCCCCCGGGCCUCCUGGCGGCCACUAACCUGGGGCAGCCUCUCUGGGCAGCUGAGGAACCAGAGUCGGGGAAUCUCCCAGAUACACCUGAGCCCCCGGGCCUCCUGGCCGCCGCUGACCUGGGGCAGCCUCUCUGGGCAGCUGAGGAACCAGAGUCGGGGCAUCUCCCAGAUACACCUGAGCCCCCGGGCCUCCUGGCCGCCGCUGCUUCAGUGAAAGAGCCUAUCUGGGAUUCCAGCGGUGACGACGAUGACACCUUGAGCCCUUCCUUACCUCACGGGAGCCCGGCCUCCACCAUCCUGCCGGCCUCACUCCCCGCCACCGCAGAUGAAGCAUCUCCAGCGCCCCCCAGCCUAGAACUCGUGGCCCCUCAGGACCCCACCCCUGCCCCUCCCCUCCCUCCCCCUCUCCCUUCUCCAUGCCCAGCCACUAAUGUGAGCAGGAAGCCUGGCCAAGAAUCCCUCUCUCUGCAUGGAAGCCGGCCCUUAUCCUUCUCUACCCCGGCCCUGGCGGACUUCCCCACAACCCGAGGCCCCUUCGAGUUCCCCUCGCCCAUCGAGGGCUCCCCGAGCCCACAGUGGGGCAUCGAGACCCCUUCCACCCUGCUUGCGCUUCUGCCCCUGGAGACACGACCAGCUGAGGAGCCUCCGAGCCAGCGCGGCACCAGCCCUCACCCUGUGAAGCCCCUCAGCUCGGCCCCACCAGAGGGGGUCGUGGACAAGAAGCCACCUCGCUCCAGCCUGAGCUCAGCCCUGACCAGUGGGUUGGAGAAACUCAAGACAGUCACGUCAGGCAGCAUUCAGCCUGUGGCCCCCCAGGCUGACCAGACAGCGGAGUCCAAGGUGAAGCUAAAGCAGGACCCCUCGCAGCCUGACCAGUCGGCCAGGUACUACCACCUGACCCAUGAUGAGCUGAUCGCCCUGCUCCUGCAGCGAGAGCGGGAGCUGAGCCGCCGCGACGAGCACGUGCAUGAGCUGGAGAGCUACAUCGACCAGCUGCUGGUGCGCAUCAUGGAGACGUCCCCGACGCUGCUGCAGAUCCCACAGGGGCCUCGGGCCCCCAAGUAACGCCCCUUCCUCCAUCCCUGGCAGGGGCUCACAGGCACACCCACACCCCCCCACCUACAGACACACACAGACCCCCACAGGCCGGUGGUCUUCCCAGCAGAGAGUUUACAGCGGAUGUGUAGGGGAGUCUAGGUCCCCCCCUGGCAGGGCAGGAGCCAGGGCCCCAAAGGGACCUCUCUCCACUCCCCUCGGAGCUCUCCCUGCUGCCAGGGACAGAAGUAUGAAGGGAGGAGGCCUCUCUGCUUGGGCCCAUUGGGUUUGGGGGCUGCUGGGGCUGGGGUCAGGGUGUAGUCUUUCAAGGACAACAUGGGGCAGUGAAGGGGGUAGUGAUCCUCCCUCUCCCUGUCUGAACACAGUUGUUCCUACCCCCUGCCCCAGCUGGAGUGACCCACCUCCCACUCCCCUGCCCCAGUUACUGCCAGCGUUACCUCCUGGAAAACAAGCUGCCAAAAUGUGAGCCUGGCAGCCAGCCGGCUCCUCCAUCACAGUGCGGCUGCGCUCCCCUGUCCCCCCACCCCCAUGUGUGUCUGUGUGUGUCUGUGUGUGUGUGUGUGAGUGUGUGAGGCCCCGAGGUUCAGUUUGGGGGAGGUGGAGAGGCAGCUGUGGCUGAUGGGUGUUCUUUGGGUCAGCUUAUUUAGGGGAGGGGUUUGGGUUCUGUCAUUCCUCCAGGCCUCCCCCCAGGUCUCUGAACCCAAGCUUCCUGUCUCUGGGGUUCUUCUUGGAUCUGUCUGGGUUUUGAUGUUUAAAAGCUUCUCUGUUCUCUGCUUACCCGUUCAGAUGCCAAAACUCUGCAGCCCAGCGGGGUUUGUACUUAGAAAAAAAAAUCAUUAAAAUGUCAAAUGUGCCUUGUGGGGAGGGGCCCAGGCAGGGGUCUGGACUGAGGUCCACCUGCCCCGCCUCCCUUUCCAUGAUGGGCACCCCGCUCCUCCCUGCUGAAAAGAAGAAGGGGGGCAGAGGCUCCUGGCCACCCCUGGCCAUCUGCCUGCAUAACUCUGAGCACCUCUGACUCACCUCUCCAACCUGGAGCUGAGUGUGAGAAAGGGGGGGGCACAGGAGGGAAGCUCGGGGAGGGAUGGCCCAGGAAAUUGGGGAAGGGGCUAGUAAUGUUUGAUGCCAUUCCCCCUCCCCCCUCCCCCUCUCUCCUCCAUGAAUUACUAAGCAGCAGAUGAGUGCCCUUGAGACUCCCACUGAGCUGGGUGCCCCCCUCUUCCGCCCCCUCCCCAGUUAUUGCUGGCCUGCCCCUGCCUCCCACCCUCCCUCCCUCUCUCCUAGCCAAAUUGUCUCAUUGGAGGCACUGGGAUGCUGCACUUUGGGGAGGGAAGUUCUCAACUGCCCCCCACCCCCCCUUGCCAGCCAGCCAAGCUGCUAUUCUCGCCCUCCCCACCCAGCUGCCUUAGUUAACCGGGCUGUGUUGCACUUUAAGCAUUUGUUCUGUGUCCCAUGUCCCCCAGUUGGCCCCCCCCUUCACCUGGCAACCCCUGGGGCCUGGCCUCAGCCACCUGUCCUCCUGCCAUCUUUGAGCUGACCCUCUGGGCAGGUGCACUGGGGCAGCUUGGAAGGGUGGGAGCCUGGGACCCUGUGUGGGAUGGCAGGCUGAGGUGGGUGGGCAAGGCUGCUCUUGGUAGGGCUUGAGUCUGCUUUUGGAGAGAGGAAAGCCCUCUGUGGGUGUGUGUAUGUGUAUAUGGGGUUUGUUUUGGUGUAGGGAUGAGUCCCUGCAGAUAAAACCAGUGUCUUCCCCUACCCAGUAGCCUCUCUCAAAAACCCCGUUGGAGUCAUUCACAGCCCUGAUCCUCCCCCUCCCCCCACCAUGGAGCCUGCAGACCUCCAGGAGAGGGAGGGUAAUGAGGAGGUAACUCCCCUUCUUGAGGCCCAGCCAAGGAGAAAAGGACCCUGACCUUGCCUGGGCUUUGGGAGGGGGCCCGAAGUCCACAGCCAAGCCACAAGGUUUGGCAUUGAAACCCAGAGUUCUUCUAUGUUGUCUUUUUGCCCCUGGCCCCAGUUGAAGGCCCCAGGAGAGGGAGAGAGAAGGGGGAACAUUAUUUUGCUUCACUGUUUGUCUUCCUUGUUGCAGUUCAUGUUUCUAAAGAGCUUGUUCUUUGCGUUUUAAGCACUUUACAAAGAAUAAAAAUUGGAUUCCUCUAUGA